AUGUUGCAAUAUUUUAUACAUGUGGAUAGUAUUCCUAAUGAUAUUCCUAAAGAAAUAUUUAAUGAUCUAACUCUUAUUAUAAAUGAUAAACUCUUUAAAACCUCUUGUCCUUAUUUUAAUUUUAAUGAAAAAAUCCACAAACCAACAGAAUUAAUGAAAUUACGUAUAUUUAAUGCUAAUGCUGAUACAUUUCAAAGUAUGCUGAAGGAUAUAAAUAAGUCAGAUGAGUGUUCAUUAAAAAGAUAUGUAUACAAAUGUAUUGAGGUAUAUAGAGAAAUAAAUUCCGCGUACUGCUCUGGAGGAGAUGAUAUGAAAGAAGAAAACCGAAAUUCAUGUGAUAUAAUACGUCAAUUUAAUAACUUGUAUACAUUUUAUAUUUUUAAUAAGGAAGGCAUACUUCAUAAUUUUCCAGAAUUGUCUUCUAAUACUCCUACAAAUAUUAUAGUUGGUUGCCCAUCAGAAGAAAUUGAGUAA